AAACACAGGGGCUCAGCUGGUGUCAGUACGUGUGACUCAGCUUCAGGCUUCAGUCCUCGUCUUUCCAUUCAACACUUCUCACCCUCUGGACAGCUCGCCCGGUCUGCUGGUGAACGGUUGGAAGCUCCUGCUGUCAGAGACUCAGAUUGGGAGGAAAGCACUUUGUGGAGACGCCGUUUACACUUGAUUAACUACAAAUCACAGCAUCAUGUUUGAGACCAGCCAAGAUGAUCUGCUGCUGCUUCCCUCUGACUGUGGAGAUGAGGUAUUUUUCCCAGGGGAGACUCUGGCUAAUGGGGGUCAGUCACUAGCUGAGGCCCUGCUUCCCCUGGUGGAGUCCCCAUCUCCUCCAUUGAACCCCUGGCUGUGCUCAACACGCUACAAGACUGAGCUGUGCAGCCGCUAUGCUGAAACAGGUGUGUGCAAGUAUGCAGAGCGCUGUCAGUUUGCUCACGGCCUGCACGACCUCCACGUGCCCUCCCGCCACCCCAAGUACAAGACGGAGCUGUGCCGCACCUUCCACACAGCCGGCUACUGCAUGUACGGCACCCGCUGCCUCUUUGUGCACAGCCUGAAGGAGCAGAGGCCCGUCCGCCACCGGCGCAGGAACGUGCCAUGCCGCACAUAUCGUGCCUUUGGGGUCUGCCCCUUUGGAACCCGCUGCCACUUCCUGCAUGUUGAAGGUGGCUCAGAGUCGAGCAGUGAUUCAGAGGAGAAGGCUUGGCAGUCGACCUCACGCUCCAGUGAGUGGAAGCCUCGUGGCGCCCUGUGCCGCACCUUUAGUGCCUUCGGUUUUUGUUUGUACGGCACCCGCUGCCGCUUCCAGCAUGGGCUGCCCAACACUGUCAAAGGCCUGGAUCCAAACCAGACCCCCUGGUCUCCACAGCUGCCUGCAAGGGCCCAAUCUCCAGCCUCAGACAUGCGUUCCUCCUCACCGCCUUUGUCUUCCUCUGCUUCCUUGUCACCUCAGUCUAUGCUGGCCUCACCUGUGUUCCCUGACGACUUGAGUCCAGUCACCCCACCAUCUGGAGAAGCCAUGGCUAACAAUGCCUUCACCUUCAGCAGCCAGCACCUUAAUGAUCUGUUGCUGCCACUGGCCAUUAGACUCCAGCAGCUCGAGCAGGCCUCUAACCAUCCUCUGCUGUCCUGAUUGUUGCUAAUGUAAUCUUGAUUUGUUGUACAUUUUUGUAUAGUGUCUUUGUGGCUAACUUUCUUUUUUAUUUUAAUAUUUUUUUUAACUAACUUAAAUUGCUUUAGUUUGCCGUUAUGCAAUCGUUUGAGGGUGGGGAGGGUUGAAAUGGGUGUUUGCAUCUUAUUUCUUUUACUUGUUGAGUCUGUGCUGUUUUGUAGGUUAACAGACUAACUUUUUUAAAUCUGUACAGAUCUUGGUGCAUUUUUUGCAUAUGAUAUGAAUGUCCCUUUUUAUUUAUGACUUGCUACUUAAGUUAUUGAGGAUGGGAGCUCUUGUGUCCAUCAUAAUAAACCUCAAUCUUUUAAAACA